CUGUCACGGCCACAAAACACAGGCGUCGGUGUGCGAGAACCCGUCCUCACCUACAAACAAAGCGGGACGCACCGCCGACCGAACGGCGAAGGGAGCCGGGGGCAGCCUGCGGGGACACGGCGACACCGCCCCUUUGCUCGGAGGGGACCCGCGAGGGGACCCGGCCCUGCGCGCCGCGGGGAGGCGGCGUUGGGCGGCGUUUGGCGGGCGGCGUUGGGCGGCGUUCGGCAGCGUCCGGCGGCGUUCGGCGGCCGCGCUCGCUCAUCCCCGCCGCGGCGGCGGGCGCGGGGCGGGAGGGGGCGGGCGGGCGCUCGGCCGAGUGCGUCCUGGGGCCGCUCGGCGGGCGAUGCGCUUCCUGCGCUGAGCGCUGAGCGCGGCUGCGGCCCGAGCCGGCAGGAUGACGGUGGAGUUCGAGGAGUGCAUCAAGGACUCGCCCCGGUUCCGGGCGACCAUUGAUGAAGUGGAAACAGAUGUUGUGGAGAUAGAGGCAAAGCUUGACAAGCUGGUGAAGCUAUGCAGCGGGAUGAUCGAAGCGGGCAAAGCCUACAUCACCACCAACAAGCACUUCGUCAGCGGGGUCCGGGACUUGUCGCAGCAGUGCAAGAAGGAUGAGAUGAUUUCGGAGUGCCUGGACAAAUUUGGAGACAGUCUGCAGGAAAUGAUCAACUAUCACAUGAUCCUGUUUGACCAGGCCCAGAGGUCAGUCCGGCAGCAGCUGCACAAUUUUGUGAAAGAUGACGUCCGGAAGUUCAAGGAAACCAAGAAGCAGUUUGACAAGGUGCGAGAGGACAUGGAGAUCUCACUGGUGAAGAACGCCCAGGCGCCGCGGCACAAGCCACACGAAGUGGAGGAGGCAACGGGCACCUUGACCAUCACCAGAAAGUGUUUCCGGCACCUGGCGCUGGACUACGUGUUACAGAUCAACGUCCUGCAGGCCAAGAAGAAGUUUGAGAUCCUGGAUGCGAUGCUGUCCUUCAUGCACGCCCAGUACACCUUUUUCCAGCAGGGCUACAGCCUUCUCCACGAACUGGAUCCCUACAUGAAGAAACUAGCCACAGAGCUGGACCAGCUGGUGAUCGAUUCUGCAGUGGAGAAGAGGGAGAUGGAGCACAAACAUGCCAUGAUCCAGCAAAGGACCCUCCUGCAGGACUUUUCUUACGAUGACUCAAAGGUGGAGUUUAAUGUCGAUGCCCCGAAUGGCGUGGUGAUGGAAGGCUACCUUUUCAAGAGAGCCAGCAACGCUUUCAAAACAUGGAAUCGGAGGUGGUUCUCCAUACAGAACAGUCAGCUGGUCUACCAGAAAAAGCUAAAGGAUGUCCUCACGGUGGUGGUUGAAGACCUGCGGCUCUGCACUGUCAAGCCAUGUGAAGACAUAGAGAGGAGGUUUUGCUUUGAGGUCGUCUCGCCUACCAAGAGCUGCAUGCUGCAGGCGGACUCGGAGAAGCUGCGUCAGGCCUGGAUUCAGGCUGUUCAAGCCAGCAUCGCUUCUGCGUACCGGGAGAGUCCGGACAGCUACUACAUCGAGAGGCUGGACCGAACUGCUUCCCCAUCAACGAGCAGCAUUGAUUCUGCCACCGACUCCCGGGAGCGCAGUGUGAAAGGAGAGAGCAUCUUACAGAGAGUGCAGAGCAUCCCCGGCAACGACCAGUGCUGCGACUGUGGGCAACCAGAUCCCCGCUGGGCCAGCAUCAACCUGGGCAUUCUGCUGUGCAUCGAGUGCUCCGGCAUCCACAGGAGUCUGGGUGUUCACUGCUCCAAGGUCCGAUCUCUCACGCUGGAUUCCUGGGAGCCAGAGUUACUGAAACUGAUGUGCGAGCUGGGGAACAGCACCAUGAAUCAGAUUUACGAGGCGCAGUGUGAAGAGUUGGGACUGAAGAAACCAACAGCCGGGAGCUCCAGGCAGGACAAGGAAGCCUGGAUCAAGGUGAAGUACGUAGAGAAGAAAUUCCUGAAGAAGCUGCCGAACGGGGAGACUCUGACCGAGAGCGAGCGGAAACCUCGGCGCUGGUGCGUCAAGAAGUGCCAGAGACACAACAGCACCACGAAAGCGCCCACGGCUCGUAGAAAGUACCGUCACGAGGCUGGCAAUGCGUCCCCGGCCAUGCUGUCAUCAGCUGCUACGCUGGAGAGGAAGUUCCGCCGGGAUUCGCUGUUCUGCCCCGAUGAGCUGGACUCUCUCUUCUCCUACUUUGACACCGGCGCCGGCUCCGGCCCACGCAGUGCCAGCCACAUCUCUAUGCAGCAUCCGCUAGCAGGUGGCCCCUGGAGUGGCAGUGGCAUUGGUCCCGGUGGGAGCGGUACGCCGUUCCUCCUGGACGGAGGUCUGAGCAGUGACAGCGGGCUCGGGGGGAGCACGGACGGCAGCACCGAUAUCCUGGUGUUUGGCUCCGUGGUGGACAGCGUGACGGAGGAAGAGUGCGAAGUGUCGGAGGAGUCGAGCGGUGAAGCGGAGAUUGAACAGGAGGCAUCGGAUUUGGAGGACCUGAGGGAGCUGCAUCCGGGCUUGUUGAUCUACAAGGCGGCGCAAGCCCGAAACCUGCCUCUCAUGGCAGAGGCGCUGGCACAUGGUGCUGAGAUCAACUGGGUGAACGAUGAAGAUGAAAACAAAACUCCUCUGAUUCAAGCUGUGAUGGGGGGCUCCUUGAUAGCCUGCGAAUUCCUGCUGCAAAAUGGUGCCGAUGUGAACCAAAGAGAUAUCCGCGGCCGGGCCCCCUUGCACCACGCCACGUACCUGGGGCACACCGGUCAGGUCUGCUUGUUCCUCAAGCGAGGCGCAAACCAGCACGCGGUGGAUGGCGACGGGCAGGACCCGCUCAGCAUCGCUGUCCAGGCGGCCAACGCGGACAUCGUCACCUUGCUGCGUCUGGCUCGAAUGAACGAAGAGAUGCGAGAAGCGGAGGGUCCCUUUGGACAACCAGGAGAUGCCACGUACCUGGACAUCUUCCGGGAGUUCUCGCACAUGGCUUCCAACGACCCGGAGAAACUCAAGCGGAGGAGCCUCCACUUCAGCCACUCCUGCCGAUUAAAACCUGAGCGGCUGAGCGGGUCUAACGGCCAAGCUGAGCUCAGCUCCUGAGCAAAGACGUUCUCGGGUUCGCCUGGUCUCGGCUUUUGCUUCCCAAGUGGGGAACAGGCGUUCUGGUGGUAAUUCCAGAAUCAAAUGCGUUCAGACCGCAGGCUUCGGUCCCUGCCUUGCAGCACCCGAAUGCGGCUUCAGGUUAAUUAGGCUGAUCUUGCAGCUCUCAGUGCCUUUUCUACGUCGCUAUUUCUGGGAGAAUCUCCCAUUUCUGGGUGUAUGCAAAUACUCACGUUCACAAUGCUGCACCAGCGCCCGUCCCUGAGAUGAACUACAGGUAAGUCCUGAGCAUUGAGCGUGCCAGUGAGCCUGAAGUGCUCCCAAACCCAAUCUGCUGCAAAAAUGUUGGUAAAACCCUUCAUUUCGCUGCGUGUCACCCCUGAGGAUCCCUCUACCACUGAGACAUCGGGUUUAGCGUGGACCAGGCAAUAUAAAACCGGUUCUACGGAGACUUCACAGCAAUACUGAACCAGAAUCCAGGUCCGCGGCUCCCUGUCUCAGGAGGGUCGGACUCUUCUGCAAGGCAUGGCUUUCAGUAUUACUUUUGCCAUUUUUAUGUUGUUGUACACCAAAAUAAUAAAAGGUUAUGUGUGGACUAUACAGGUAUAGGCACCACAACAUAAUCAAGUGCAUUGUCAGAAUUAUAUAUGUAUAUAUAUAUAAACUAUGAUGUGCUGAAAUGUAAUAUAUCUUCAGGUAGAAGAAAUGUAUUUUUUGGAAGGGCGGGAGUGAAAACAAACCCCACAUGCAAACAGCACCUGUGAACUGAGAAUAAAGACAGGAGCUUGUGUUUACAUUCA